AUGAAUCAAUCAAUCUUAUUCACUUUUUUAUUGAUAAAAUUCCAGUUAGUCCUAUUGGAAGAACUCUGUUACGUUAAUAAGGCACGUAUGAUAGGCGGAAGACCUUGUCCAACAAAACAAUUCAAUUUCGUGUUACAAUUACAAGGAACUCUCCAAGAUGGUAAAAUGUCAAAAUGUGCAGCGUACUUGAUUGAACCGACAUGGGCACUGACUGCAGCUCACUGUAAAACUCCUGGAGCUACAGACUUUCAAAUUAUAGCACCUGCAAGUACUGAACCAAUAAACGUUACUGUUAAGAAGUUCCAUAUACAUCCAAAGUGGAAGAACGAUACGAUUGACACGAAAUUGUUGAACGAUAUAGCUUUAUUGAAGUUGGACAAACCUUUGGACGAUAAGAGUGGAUUUGUAACCCUUCCCAGCGCCGAUACUUCCAAAAGGUAUUGCAAAGAAGGUCUAGGUACCACAGUAGGAUUUAGACAAGAAAGAAUACUGGAACUUAUGUGUGGCAACCUUAAAUUAAUGGGUUUUACUGUUUGCCAGGACAAAUUAAAAAACAUUGUAAUAAACAGAAAGCACCAUAUUUGUUCCUUCUCUCCAUAUUUGCAAAUGGAACAAUGUGAUUCAGGGGGUCCCCUCUUUUGCGCAAACGUUUUAGUUGGGUUGGGUACUUUUUUGCCAAGAACGAAAGAUAAGCCCGCUGUUUAUACCAAAGUUCAAAAUCAUUUGAAAUUUAUUCGACAACUAGUAGAUUCUGCCGAAUUUGAUACCUCUCGUUCUAUCGACUUUAGCCAUAGUAAAACAGUGUAUGGUUGUUUUGUUUUUAAUCUAGUAGUUUUUGUGUUUUUUUGA